CACGCGCUCUCAGUUCUUUAUCAAGAGAGGGAGGAGAUGCGCGCGGUGCGUUACAAGGACGGCUCUACUGCCACUUUAAAAACACACAAUCAAUCCAAAUGACCAAGCCGAACAUUUUUGUCCAGUGGGCAGGAAGCACGAAGGAGUUUAUUUGGAGGGGAGAUGAUGUUCUGAGUUUGUAUGCUGUGGAGCACUGAGCCAGAUGUCUUCUGAAUGUACGUGGUCGGUCCUUCUCAUAUUCCACAUCAUCCUGGCCGCAGGUGCAGUAGCAGAAACGGUGUGCACCGUAAAGUCAAGCGGAGGCAAAGAAGUCCUCGUAGGUUCCAAUUUCACCGUCUCCUGUGUCUUCAACAAGCAAUGCACCAAAAUCUUUUUUCAGGAUAAGAAAAAAAUUAUGCAUGCAGAGUUUAAUUCAAGUGUGGUGUCGGUGGAUGUUAAGAAUUUAACAAAGUUCAGCAUCUUCACCUGUAAGUGCAUGAAGGACCGAGAGCCAUGUGGAAUUGACAUCACUCCAGGAUACCCACCAAGCAUUCCAGAAAACCUGACUUGUAUUCGAAAAACAGAAUUUGGCAAUGUUAGCUGUACUUGGAAAACAGGAAGGGAUACCAAAAUCAUGACCACAUGUCAGUUACGGGUAAAAGGGGUUCCAUACUUUGGCUAUAAGAGUGUUAUGAACUCUGCAGGGAUUUGUUCAGCCACAUUCCCCAUCAUUGGCUCAAUGUCCCAGCUCAUUGUGUGGCUAAAUGUUUCUAAUAGCUUGGGCUCAACAACCACAGGUCCUCACACCUUCACCAUCAGCAACAUUGUAAAACCCUCAAGGCCUAAUAUCAGGCAUGUGGAGUGCUCCUCCCGAUACUGCAGCCUACGCACCAACAAUCACAGCGCACACUUGCACUUGGUUGAGGUCCAAUACAGAGCAGAAAAUGAGACCUGGAAAAACCUCCAGACUGAUGCAGAGAGCAAUUUGAACAUAUCCUCACUGCAGCCGUAUACCAAUUAUGAGUUCCAGAUCAGGAGAAAAAUAAACCAUACAGUAGGUCUGUGGAGUGAUUGGAGUCUGGCAAAAACAGCAAAAACAAAAGAAGAAGCUCCUGACAAGGUGCUUGACGUCUGGUACCUCCAAGAGCCCUUGCAAUAUCAAAACAAUUGUUUUCGAAUAUUUUGGAAGGAACUGAGCAAAUCAGAUGCCAAGGGGGAGAUCCAAAGUUAUAAUAUAUAUGAGAAGAGUAUAAAAGUGAAGUCAAUCAUAGUAGGACCUACCAGAAGACAUUAUAACAUCUGCUGCACUUACUGCUCUGUGUCAGUCUCUGCCAUUAACUCAGUGGGUCAAUCUCCUGUCAGAUUUAUUGAGCUGCGCUCUCUAGAUCUGGUUUCAGGUUUUGUGUCACACAAUACCUUGAAUAAUCAUAGUAUUGCCCUCUUCUGGUCGACGCUCGCCAUUGCAGGCCAUAGAACUGAGUAUGUGUUGCACUGGUAUCCAGUUGGACGGAUAGAUCGGCUUGAGUGGAUUAGAGUGGUGGACACCAAAGCUAUCAUUAGAGGUCUCCAACCUAAAGAAUGCUAUCAGGGGGCAGUAACUGCUCUGCACUCAUCUGGUUUUAGAAUGGCAUCAAUUGAAGGCAUUUCCACAUGGAAGUCAGUUCCAGGACAGGGUCCAGUUCCCCAACAAGUCUGGAAGAAGAGCGAGAGCUUGCAGGUGAAAUGGUCUGAAAUCCCACACGAUAAGAGAAGUGGCUGUUUGACAAAGUAUACAGUCUACUUGAAGGACAAUGUGAAAGGAGACAUUCAAAAUAAUGAUGUGAAAUAUCCAAGGAAACAGUAUACCAUCAGUGGUCUGUCUCCAGGACAUUGCUACAAUCUCUGGGUCACUGCCUGGACAGAUGCUGGGGAGGGACCCAGAGGAAGUGAUCUACCAUUCUGCACAUCAUCAGACACUGAGAAACUACUGUCUCUUGUGAUCUUGGCUGGAGGAGCUGUUCUUCUGACCUGUCUCGUCCUGCUGUGCAUCUGUCAGUUCUCCUGUGUCCAGAGAAGAUUUUUAAGCUGUUUUAAGUGCCUGAUGCCCAGAGUUAUUCCAGAUCCAGCAAACAGCAAAUGGGCAAAGGAUUGUGCUAUUGACCAGGGUGAAAUGAAAUUCCCCCUUCACCAAUUUGACUCCAGCAUGAGUGAGGAGCCAGAUACUGUGGAGGUGGAGGUAGUUCCUUAUCCCUCCAGCUCCACCUGCACCUACAUCAAAAGCUUCUCUCAAGAGUCUGGCUGCUCUGACACCACCCUGAUCACCAGGAGCUCAGACAUCACGGAAGAUUACAUCUGCACUCAUGGGACAAUAAGUGGAGAAGAGGAGGAAGAGGAAGGGAUGUUGGAUGAAUUCGAAUUCUUACCAUGUACACUCAGCCCUUUCCUGGAGCCUCUUUUUCCAUGUGGAGGAAAGUUGACGCUGGAUGUAGUGAAAAUAGACUGCAGUGAGUUUCUGGACUGUACGUGACCCUCCAUGGGCAUUCAGAUGUGUCCGUAAUUGUACUAAAACUUCAUGCAUUGGUGGUGAAAAUCAGCACAUGACUUCCCAAAGAUGAUUUGUCUGACAAAGGACAAAUUUAGUGGGUGCCUCCAAUCCCAGCCAUACCAAAGCAGCCCAAUCUCAGGUUGGCCGUUUCAUAGUCUUGCAUAGCCAGACCUUUGAAUAAACAGAAAAAAUCAGGUUUACAUUGCAGCUUGUCCAGACCCAGCUCCAGAACCAAUCACUGGAAGAGACAUGAAGAGACUAACCAGUUUAUGUUUUACAUGCCAUUUUGGGCUGGAUUUAUCUGAAGUACUUUAUGCCACAAAAAGUUCAUUCAAAUGAUGAAUAUAUUUAUACAGUAUAUUUUGCUUUUUGCUAUCUAGUUACCUUGCUACUAACUCCCUCAAAAAAACAAAACAAAAAAAUUUGAUACCACAUACCAGGCAAACUUUGGCAAUUCCAGUGAUUCUUUCAUUCUCCAAAGCAUUUGUUGUGCCAACUCUGUAUUAUGCAAGCAUGACUCUUUCCAGGCAGACUGAUAAAACGACGCUGUUCCCUUUAUCUCAGUGUAUCUCAAGUCAGCUAUCAGGUUAGAGCUCGCCAGAUUGAGAAAGUACUUGUGUGUACAAUAUGCAGCAGACUGUCAGUAAAUGGAUUGUAGGCGGCCCGUCUAAGGCUGAGACUAGCCAUUUCGCAAGUCUUGAGACUGUUUUAGCUAGGAUGUAGGCCAGCCAGAUUUAUUGCUACAAGGGAAUGUUGUUUGCAUGCGGACCUGGACAUGUAUUAUGUUCUAUACAUAAUUCCAAUAGGUAGGUUGAAACGAAAUUGAAUCCACAUGCUUUACAAAACAUAUUGCAAGCCUCAACUCUACACCUCUGAAUCUUUAGAUCUAACCGACUGGAAACAGCUGUCUAUAUAAUGUUUUACCCAUACAGCUUUUAUAUAAAAAAAAAAAAAAAAAAAAUAAUCAGGAAGAUGAGAUGGAUUGAUGGUAAUUGAUUGGCUGUGAGAACGGUUCAUCAAGAUUAUAGGUAAUUAACUUUUUAAGGACAUAUUCUACAGACCUUAUAUUUUCCCACUAAACAGCACAUUUCAACACUAAUAACUUCAACUCUUUCACAAUAUGGUAAUCAAGGAAAAUUGCACAAGCAUCAAUAUACUGAUAGGCCUAUUACUCGUACUCUAAUUUAAGAUGUUUGACCCAUUGCACAAAUAUCAAACAUUUACAUCUUUACAUCAGUUUUUCAAACAGGAAAUCAAUUACCUCUGAAUGAAGUGUCCUUAUGUUAAGUUUUAUAUUUCAACCAUUCAGUCAGAGCUUUGCGAAGAAACUUUAAAGAAUAAGUAUUUCAUUUAUUCUGGAACCUUUUGUGGUUUACGGUGUCCUCAACUUCAAAUUAAAAUGGUACAUGAACAUGUGAAGACUUUGUUGGAUUGACUUUUUUUUACUAACUGUAAAGCAUUUGUUUCUGUGUAAGCACCCCAAUAUAAAUCAAAUACUUGCACAAAAUGUAAGCAUGAAAAUAUGCAUUUCAGAACCAAAAUGAACAAAUAAUUCCAGAAAUCUUUAAAUAAGAGUUUAAGUUGUAUCUAAGCCAACCCCAUCACUGAAACAAUUUUGGCUAACCCUAUGUACUACCACGGAUAUUAUACAACUGCUGACAGGACAUAAAGAUUAGCUUUUUCUUAACAACAUUAUCAUAAACUUGAAUAUUACAAGUUACCAGUUGUUUUAUCUUCAAAGUGAAAGUCCACACAGCUACUUUAUAUGAAUCGACCAUCUUUUAAUUAUUGACAGAGGUCUAAUAGCAGGGUAGGAAUUCACACAUUAUCAUAGCACUCAAGUUUUUCCACACUGAACAAGAUGGUGUUUCUUUCAGAUCAAUUAUGCAGUAGAGCAGUUGUAAAAUGCAGUGGGAGCAGAAAGAAAAUCUCAAACAUCAU